GAAAGCGGAGCCGCGAGGUGAGUACGUGACCACAAACAAGUCCAGGAUCACGCUUUAAACAUGCGAACAUAAGCUUUGAUUUCAUAAUAUCUGUUAGUGCAUCAUGCUCGAUGAGAUGUCGAGGCCUUUAAUCCGAGGCAGACCUGAAGGAGGAGCAUCCAGACGCCUUGAAGCCUCCAUGUCUGACCCCGGCACUCCACUUGUUGGCAUCCUGGGCACGGGCGACUUCUCUCGCUCGCUGGCCAGACGGCUGGUGGCCUCCGGCUACCAAGUGGUGGUCGGGAGUCGAACCCCUAAACGCUCCGUGGCUCUGUUCCCUGAAGAGGCUGAGGUGACGUCCCAGAUGGAGGCAGCCAGCCAGGCAGACCUGGUCUUUGUCGCCGUGUUCCCGGAGCACCACUCCACGCUGGUGGAGCUGAAGCCGGCGCUGGCCGGGAAGACCCUGGUGGAUGUUAGCAACGGUCUGAGGAUCAACCUAGACGGGCCUUCGAAUGCCGAACGGCUGGCCGACCUGUUUCCAGAGAGUUUUGUAGUCAAAGGGUUUAACACCAUAUCGGCCUGGUCGCUGCAGAUGGGACCUCGGGAUGGAAGCAGGCAGGUUUAUCUGUGCAGUGACAGCAGCAAGGCAAAGAGCUCAGUGAUGCAGCUGUGUCGUAGGUUGGGCUUCAUCCCCGUUGACAUGGGCCUCCUCUCCUCUUCUUUGGACCUAGAAAACCUCCCCCUCUAUCUGUUUCCCUCCUGGCGCCUCCCAAUCCUGUGCACGCUGUGCCUGUUCAUCUUCUUCUACCUGUACAACUUCCUCCGCGACGUCCUGCAGCCCUUUGUCACGACGGGGAAGAGCGCCUUCUACAAAAUGCCCAUCGAGACCGUCAACGUCACUCUUCCGUCCGUGGCCUUGGUGAUGAUUUCGCUGGUGUACCUGCCCGGUUUGUGCGCCGCUUUCCUCCAGCUGCGGUGGGGCACCAAGUACAAUCGCUUCCCGAACUGGUUGGACCGGUGGCUCAACAGGAGGAAGCAGUUUGGGCUGUGCAGCUUCCUGUGCGCGGUUCUACACGCCAUCUACAGUCUGUGCCUUCCCAUGAGGAAGUCUGCCCGCUACAAACUGCUCAACAUGGCUUUUAAACAGGUCAAGGCGGGGACCGAGGAGUCGUGGGUGGACGAGGAGGUGUGGAGGAUGGAGCUGUACCUCUCGGCGGGCAUCAUGGCCCUCGGGUUGCUCUCCCUGCUGGCCGUCACCUCGCUGCCCUCAGUGGCCAACGCCGUCAACUGGAGGGAGUUCACCUUCAUCCAGUCCACACUAGGUUACAGCGCCUUGUCCAUGGCCACAGUCCACACGCUUCUCUUCGGCUGGGACCGAGCUUUCGAUCCAGCCCAGUACCGCUUCCACCUGCCUCCCACCUUCAUACUGGUCCUGAUCCUUCCCCUCGUCGUCCUGCUGGGCCGCCUGGCUCUCUUCGUCCCCUGCGUGGCCAGGCGGCUCAAACAGAUCCGCCGCGGCUGGGAGAAGAGCCGACACAUCCGCUUCACCCUGCCGGACGACGGCUGCCGCAACGGGCUGGAGGACGUCAGUCGCGUGUGAGAUCUGGACAAUGAGUUGCAAAAUUAGAGCUCUUUUUAUGUAUGCGCUCAUGAAUAUCAACCACAUUCACAGAAGAUGAAUGAUUUAUACACUGUUGGAAUGUACUGAUGGCUCAUCUCGAAGACGUUUGAGAGAUGGCAGAAUCUUUAACAAAUUAGCUGUCAGUUAGAGAUAUUUGGCCAGUAGAGCUGUCAAGCUUGUUGCACUAUGCAUUGUCCAUAAUGAACAUGUAGUUUUGCCUUUUUACUUUAAUUUAUUAUGUGUUACUCGAUCUGAAGAUUCAACCCACGCCUGAACAUUGUUGGGUUCUGGUUUAGUUUUCUACAAAACAGUCACUGUUACACUUCCAAUGAAGCUACUGAAGACAGACGAUAACUGAAGUAGUGCAACAGAAGUUCACAAUCGAGCCUUGACAAUCAGGAGUGGACUUCCUCUCUUGCGUGUGCAUUCCUGUCAGUGAAAGGCACUCAUGUUUUUUCUAUUUUGCUUGCUCGCACUUAAAGACUUAAACACAUGACGUGGUUUCAUUUUAUCAGUGUUUGUUACAAGAUUUUUCACUGACUUUGACGUCACUGUUUCAUUUAGUUUGUUUUAUGUUUGGAUUAGAAAUUCAAUAUGCUGUCAUAUUCAAACUGUUGGGGACUAUAUGAAAAUUCUAGGUGCAGGAAGGGGGGUGUGUGAACUUUUGACUAUUAGGUAGCUGUUGUAUUCAAAAUAUCGACGUCUGUUUAGUUUUCUCAAAUUCCUCAUACAAAAAGAUGACUAUUUUGUGAAGGAACAAUCCUGUUUCUGUAACAUUGUUGAGCAAAUGUUUUAAUAUACAGAAACUAUAAUAUUUGUAAUAUACACACUAAAAAUCACAUUACCCCCUGCCCUCUGAUCAUUUUCGUUCAGUCCCUUACCCUGGUGGCGUUUUUAUAAAGUUGAACCGUGCUGCUGCAGCAGCUGCCACCUUGGCUGCUCUGUGUUGGUUUGCAUUGUCGAGUAUAGUUACUAUAUAUGACUUUUUUUUUUUUUUUUUACUGUUCUACUAAACUUGAUCUGCUGAUGAGCACCCAUCGAUAUACACAUUGACUGGCUGUUGGAGAACUUUUUGUGAUUUUAACAGUUUGUGUUGCGAUUUUUGUUGAGUUUGUAUUUUCUCAGAUGUAUGCCAAAGACAAUUCUCAGUUGCGUGAUCGAGAUGUUGAUAAAUCUGAAUUUAAAUGUCUCCAAUCACGAAAACAUGUAUUGAUUUCAGAUGAAAAUUUCUAGAACAUAGAAUAAAGCAUUUUCUUUUUCUACA